CUUUUGUUGUUGCUGUUGUUUAGAGCGAAUAGACAGCUUUGCGACGGUGCCAUCAGGUGUGCCAAGGACGAGUUAUUUCCUGUUCAUCGAGCCAUACUUUCCGCGGUUAGUCCUUACUUCAAAGCCCUAUUCACUAACAGCCUCAAGGGUGGAAAAAGUGAGACUACCGAGGUAGUUAUCGAUUCGGUUCCCAGUGAAAUCUUUGCUCUGAUCCUCGAUUAUGCUUACACUGGCACCUGCAACGUAAACGCUGACAACGUAGAACAACUUCUACCUUUGGCAGAUCAAUUCGAAGUACUCGGGGUCGUUCAACUCUGUUGUCAAUUUCUCUUGCAAGAACUCAAGCCGGAUAAUUGUUUAGGAAUAUUUAAAUUUGCUCGUCAUUAUUUCUGUCGGGAUCUCGAGGAUAAAGGUAAGAGAUACAUUCGUCAUCAUUUCAAACAAAUACUUUACGAGAGCUCGGAGUUCAAGGAAUUACAAGCGGAAGAAUUGGAAUCGAUAUUGUUGGACGACGAAUUAAACGUUAAAAACGAGGAAAUAGUAUUCGAGGCUGUUAAAACUUGGUUCGAGUAUAAAAUAGAUGAAAGAAAAAUUAACUUGGGAAAAUUGUUAGAAUGUAUUCGUUACGGAUCGAUGAGUUACAAUUAUUUUCUCGAGAACGUUCUCAAUUGGAAAUUCGUUAGGGAAGACGAAGCCUGUCAACGAAUAUUACAGUCAGCAAAGACUUACUUAACCGAACAGGAUAGCAAACAAAAUGGAGAAAUCGACAUGAGGAAUCCAUUGUCGAGACCACGAGUACCCUACGAAAUACUUUUUGCGAUUGGUGGCUGGAGUGCCGGUUCUCCGACUAGUUUCGUCGAGACUUACGACACUAGAGCUGACAGAUGGUUUCUAUCAGUAAGCACGGAUCUAACACCACGAGCUUAUCACGGGAUCUGUGCUCUAAAUGAUCUCAUCUACAUGAUUGGAGGAUUCGAUGGGAACGAACAUUUCAAUACUGUACGAUGUUUCGAUCCGGUGACAAAGGAAUGGCGUGAACGAGCUUGCAUGUAUCACGCUAGGUGUUACGUUAGCGUUUGUACGCAUGGUGGCAAGAUUUACGCAUUGGGAGGGUACAAUGGAAGGACCAGAAUGAAUUCAGCGGAAAGAUACGAGCCACAGAAGAAUCAAUGGGAAAUGAUAUCGUCGAUGAAUCGGCAACGUUCUGACGCCAGUGCGGCUGCACUUAACAAUAAGAUCUACAUCGUCGGUGGUUUCAAUGGUCAAGAAAUUCUCGAUUCCGCUGAGGUCUAUGAUCUAGAAAGCAAUCAGUGGAGUUACAUUAGAUCAAUGAUCAGUCCUAGAUCCGGUGUCUCAUUGGUUGCCUUUCGCGAUAGUCUUUACGCAUUGGGUGGCUUCAAUGGUUUCAUUAGGCUAAGUUCCGGAGAACGUUACAGUCCAAACAAUUCCGAGAAUUGGCAGGAAGUCACGGAAAUGUUCAGUCCGCGGAGUAAUUUUGCCACUGUUAUACUCGACGACAUGAUAUUCGUCAUUGGAGGUUUCAACGGUACCACUACGAUCGCUUACGUCGAGUGUUACGAUGCGGACAACAACGAAUGGUACGACGCAUCACCGAUGAAUCUAAAUCGAAGUGCACUUAGUGCCUGUGUGAUAUCGGGUCUCUCGAAUGCACGAGAUUAUUCUUACCUGAGCAAAGUACGAGAUCUUGGUCAAGGACAAGCUACUACGAAUAGUCGAAGUAAGCCGGAUCAAGCAGGAGAAGGUCCUACCGAGACAAAUGUUGCUAUGAUCAUAGACGAAGCUGUCGGUAGGGAUGCUGCUGGACCAAUCGAUGGUAUGGCCGAGGGUGUUGUUGCAAAUUUUCACGAUGUUAACGACGAGGAGCAAGAAAAUCUUUCGUAACGUCGAUUAACAGGAGAACAAGGGAUGAUAUUUUCUAUAUCAAAUGAUUUUUUUUUUCAUUAUUAUUUCGUAAAUUAUUAACGACAAAAUAUCCACUGCAGCAGCAGCAGCAGCACUUAUAACGCAAGCGUAAAACAACAUUUUUUUUUUUAGA